UCGGCUGCGCCUUUAAGAAGCCGUCCAGCAGGCAGCGCGUGUUGGUUUUCUCCUCCAGCGCACCUUCUGCUCCAUCACCGCCGCGCGCAGACGAUGCAGUCCGGUAACUUCUCCCGGCCCCGGACCCGCUGCAGCGCCGCCGACAGCCCGUGAACGUCUACGGUCAUCUUCAUACGGAUCAUGGAACCAGUUUGACUGAUACGCCACUGAUCUGCCCAGCUGGCCCAUCUAACUCUGUAGCUAUGGCAACUUGUCCGAGAGGCUGUGCGCCUGCCGUGCGCCUUUGUCAGAGACUGAACCGACUGAAGACGUUAGAAGAAGACAUGAUGGCGACGUCACUGAAGCGCUGCCUCUCCACGCUGGACCUGACUCUGCUGGGUGUUGGUGGCAUGGUGGGCUCCGGACUGUACGUCUUGACUGGAACAGUGGCGAAAGACACGGCGGGGCCGGCUGUCAUCAUAUCGUUCCUUUUCGCCGGUUUCGCAUCUUUGCUGGCCGCCUUCUGUUACGCAGAGUUUGGAGCACGCAUUCCCAAAACAGGAUCCGCCUACAUGUUUACCUACGUGUCAGUGGGGGAGAUUUGGGCCUUUCUCAUUGGCUGGAAUGUGAUUCUGGAGAACAUGAUCGGCGGUGCUGCUGUGGCUCGUGCCUGGAGUGGCUAUCUAGACUCCAUUUUCAACCACGCCAUCCAGAACUUCACAGAGACCCACAUCAUGCAGUGGAACGUGCCCUUCCUCGCACACUACCCCGACCUUCUUGCCGCAGGAGUUCUAGUAGUUGCCUCGUUCUUCAUCUCCUUCGGUGUUCAAGUGUCCUCGUACCUAAACCACAUCUUCUCCACCAUCAGUAUGGGUGUCAUUAUUUUCAUCUUGGUGUUUGGUUUUAUGCUGGCUGAGCCGGCCAACUGGAGCCAGGAACAGGGGGGCUUUGCACCCUAUGGGAUGUCAGGAAUACUUGCAGGCUCAGCCACGUGCUUCUACGCAUUUGUAGGCUUUGAUGUAAUUGCGUCCUCAAGUGAGGAGGCGAAGAAUCCUCAGAAGGCCGUUCCCUUGGCCACCGCCAUCUCCCUUGGACUGGCAACAACGGCCUACAUCCUGGUGUCCACGGUGCUCACGUUACUUGUGCCCUGGCGUACACUAGACCCCAAUUCAGCCCUGGCAGAUGCUUUUUUCCGCCGUGGCUACAGUUGGGCUGGGAUCAUCGUAGCUGUAGGCUCCAUUUGUGCCAUGAACACUGUGCUACUCGCAAAUCUCUUCUCUCUGCCUCGUAUUGUGUAUGCGAUGGCCGAGGACGGUUUGUUCUUCUCCAUCUUCUCAAGAGUCAAUCCCAUCACCAAAGUUCCUGUCAAUGCUAUUUUGGUCUUUGGGAUUCUAAUGGCUACCAUGGCUCUAAUUUUUGACCUGGAAGCCUUGGUUCAGUUUUUAUCCAUCGGCACUCUUCUCGCCUACACAUUUGUUGCAGCGAGCGUUAUUGUGCUGCGCUUCCAGCCUGAAAAAACCAGCUCCAAGGGAACCGCCACCACAUCCCCCAACCCCAACGCUGAGCCUUCCCCGAUUCCUUCAGAGUCCCGCACCAUCAAUGAGGACACUGAGGAGAUGAAGCAGUACGAGUCUUUCUCCGACAAACUGCAGUUGGUGGAGAGGCAGAAGCAGAAAGAGCAGCGUGGAGUGGGGCAGCUGAAGGCCUUCUGGGAACCGUACCUGGACAGAGUGCUGGGGGAUUGUGAGCCAGGCGAGGUGGUGGCCUUCAGCGUGAUGACGCUGAUCGUGAGCUCGGUGUCCCUCUGCGCAGUGUUGGAGUUUGGAAGCAAGCAGCUGCAGCUGCCUCUGUGGAGCUUCACCAUGCUGAUCGUGAUUUUCAGCUUAGCUUUCGUUAUCAGCCUGGCACUUAUAUGGGUUCAUGAGCCCCAAAAAAACAACAUAACGUUUCAGGUUCCUCUGGUCCCUUUGACUCCAGGUAUCAGUAUCCUCAUUAAUGUAUUCCUCAUGCUGAAGCUCAGCCUCCUCACCUGGAUUCGAUUCACUGUAUGGAUUGCCAUAGGUCUCUUUGUGUAUUUUGGCUACGGGAUCUGGCACAGUAAGGAGGGAAUACGAGAACUGCAGCCCAAAGACAUGGCCGCCCGGUACGUGGUGCUACCCAGCGGCAGCCUGGUGGAGACGGUGCAGUCCGUCCAGCCAGAUGGUCAGGUAGACGCCUCAGCGCACCACAUCAACGCCUCGGCUGCCUCCACAGCCGAGGAGAGUGCAGGGAAGAGAUGAUGUGUUACUGGAUCCAUCGUUACAACUGCCUGUUUUUGUCUGUUGUCUCCAACUCAUAUGCUGUACUAUUAUUAGUGUAUCCUUUGUAUUUCACUCCUCUCAGCGCGUGACAGUCUGUACUCGUUGCUCUGCAAAUGUAUGCACACCACAGGAUGGGAUACACUCUCUCUGUCUUAUUGUGAAACUUAUUUGUAUAUCUUGUAAUACUUGUGUACAAUAGAGAGCUUUAUUACAGUUCUGUGAAUCUUUUUUAGGAUCAAACCCGUGUUUUAUUCCUUGGAACCUGCUCUUUUCUUGCAACUUUUCCAGUUUGUCUGAUUCCACACAGAUGUAGGUUGGAUAUGGUGCUUUCUUAGUCACAAACAAUGCAGGAUUUUUUUU